CGCCGCGUCGCGCAACGCACGCCGGGAGCCGGCCCGAGCCGCCAAGAUGUCGCAGCCCAAGAGAAGAAAGCUUGAGUCGGGGGGCAGCGGCGAAGGAGGGGAGGGAACUGAAGAGGAAGAUGGCGGAGAGCUGGAGGUGGCCCUGCCACGACCCCGGAGGACUAGGCGGGAGCGGGACCAGCUGUACUACCAGUGCUACUCGGAUGUAUCGGUCCACGAGGAGAUGAUUGCCGACCGCGUCCGCACCGAUGCCUACCGCCUGGGCAUCCUGCGGAACUGGGCAGCGCUGCGGGGCAAGACCGUGCUGGACGUGGGCGCGGGCACCGGCAUUCUCAGCAUCUUCUGUGCCCAGGCCGGGGCCCGGCGCGUGUACGCGGUGGAGGCCAGCGACAUCUGGCAACAGGCCCGGGAAGUGGUGCGGCUCAACGGGCUGGAGGACCGAGUGCACGUCCUGCCGGGGCCGGUGGAGACGGUGGAGUUGCCGGAGCAGGUGGAUGCCAUCGUGAGCGAGUGGAUGGGCUGCGGACUCCUGCACGAGUCCAUGCUGAGCUCUGUGCUCCACGCGCGGACCAAGUGGCUGAAGGAGGGCGGUCUGCUACUGCCGGCUUCCGCCGAGCUGUUCGUGGCGCCCAUCAGCGACCAGAUGCUGGAGUUGCGCCUAAGCUUCUGGAGCCAGAUGAAGCAGCUCUACGGUGUGGACAUGAGCUGCCUGGAGAGCUUCGCCACGCGCUGCCUCAUGGGCCACUCAGAAAUCGUGGUGCAAGGCCUGUCCGGCGAGGAUGUGCUGGCCCGGCCGCAGUGCUUUGCUCAGCUGGAGCUGGCCCGCGCCGGCCUGGAGCAGGAGCUGGAGGCGGGGGUGGGUGGGCGCUUCCGCUUCAGCUGCUACGGCUCGGCUCACAUGCACGGCUUUGCCAUCUGGUUCCAGGUGACCUUCCCCGGAGGGGACUCGGAGAAACCCCUGGUGCUGUCCACCUCGCCUUUUCACCCAGUCACGCACUGGAAGCAGGCACUCCUCUACCUGAACGAGCCUGUGCAAGUGGAGCAAGAUACGGACGUUUCCGGAGAGAUCACGCUGCUGCCCUCCCAGGACAACCACCGUCACCUACGCGUGCUGCUGCGCUACAAAGUGGGCGACCAGGAGGAAAAGACCAAAGACUUUGCCAUGGAGGACUGAGCGUGGCCUUCUCUCCCAGCUACCUCCAGAGGCGGCCAGACCUGCGCGGUAGAGGCGGAGGGGGGUCGGAGGAGAAAGGGAAAUCUCAC